AACUCUCUUUCUCUCUCAACUUUCCCUAUCUUUCUCGGGAAAAUCUCUGUAGGUUCCUCCAUCGCUGUUCCUUUUUUGCCACCAAUUAAAUUUCAAAUAAUGAUAAUGAGCAACGCUUGAUAUCUGAAUCCCCAACAUAUAUUCCCCGUGCAGCUUUGCUUUCUCCUCUUCGGAUUUCAUCGAAGCCAUGGGUUGCCUCUUUGAUUGUUUCCGUGCCAGAGCUGAGAAAUCAACCAGCGAUUCCGUUUCUCAACCUUCCAAAAGAGAGCAUGAAUCGAAGAAUCGUUUAUCGACCUUGUUUCUUUCUGAAGAGAAAGCAGAUUCUUCGCCUUGUCAUGACAGAGAUGGAUCUCGUGCUGAAUUUAUGCAUAUUGACAAAGGUCUCAAGGAUGAGGCUCAAUUUCUUAAACCUUGCGGCACAACAGUAGUGACACCGAUUGAAAUUAGGAAAGCAUCCGAAAAACUGGAAACUCCUGAACGUGCAAAACAUUUUACAUCUUCCCAACUUCAUUCAUGGACUUCCAGUAACUCUGAUGCAGCGUUUCACUUGGAUGAGAAAACAGAUGAGCUCUGUGGAGAGGUUUCAGAGCAAACUCCUAGCAGUUGCAUGACCGAUGCCCGAAGCAGUACAAUUAUCUCUACUGGAUAUAGUGAUGCUGGUGAAGAAAGCAUUGGUACUACGUUCAGGGAUGGGGUGGAUAGAACCAGCGAGGUGCCACUCACAGCUGGAAACAUUACGGGAAAGAGAAAUUCAGUGCGGUUUGAAUGUGAUUUCGAUAAAUCUUACUCUUCUAGUUCUUCCCAGAUCAGCACUUCAUAUUCAAAGGUACCUGAGAAGGAUGGAAAAAGUAAAUUUUCAGCAACCUCGCUGAAGCUAUCUGAUGAGAUUCAAACUCCUGGAACCAUCUUUCCUGCAAAUAUGGAAUCAGCAGUAAGGGAGAAGAGAACACAAAUCAGGUCGCAGUUUGUGCAUUCAGCUUCCAAUCUAAUUGAAAACGCCUCCAUAUGUAAGCUCCCUGAAGAUGCAGAUGAGAGCCUACAACCAGCGAAAGUUCAAGCUUGCAAAGAGAAGACAGAAAAUGAAUCUCCCACAUCAGCAAUUUCCGAGGGAAAGUUAGAAGAGAGCUCAGAUGAAAAAUACCAGACAUGUGAAACUAAUAUUUCUCCUACAGUGAAGCAGAGUCACGAGAAGAGUAACAAGAACAUGGCGGCUUUACCCACCAUUACUCUCGGGGACAGGCCUAUCAUUGGAAUGGUUGCUGCUCACUGGAAUGAGAAAGAGCAAUCACAAAUCUCACCCAAAUGGUGGGAUGGGAAUGGGAUACCAAACUCUACAAACAAGUACAAAGAGGACCAGAAAGUGAGUUGGCACGCAACAUCUUUCGAGGAGAGAUUGGAGAAAGCACUUUCAGAAGAAGGUGGUCAAGGUUUCAUCCCUUCAAGGAAAAUUGGCAUAAUAAAAGAGGCUGAAAGGGACACAGCUAUAUCAGAGAUGCAUCAUUCAUCGCAAUCCAAGUCAAUCGUUUCCUUUUGAACUUUGGUGUAGUAAAGUGUUUAUUGAGACAAGUAUUGGCUUUCGUACAGAGCAAAAAUAGCACUUUACCUAUUGUUCUCAUGACUCAUGAGCGAUAUAUGAUACGUAGAGGAAUCUAUAUAGCAAAAUAUGAAA